UUUGUGUACUACUACAUUAUUGACAAACAAAAAUUAUUGAUAACGGAAAAAUUAUCAACUAUCAAGUGCAUGAAACAAUUAGUUAUGUUAUAAAGUGAUAUACUCUCACGAUUAAUCCAUGUAUUAAUAAAUAAAUAAAUGUUAAUGUAAUUUACUAAAAUUUCAAAACUCACCAAAAAAAAAAUCUAAAAUUUCAAAUAUAUCCCUUUAGAUUUUGGAUAUUCAAAUAUCAAAUUGUUAUAAAUACACAGAAAAUCUAAACCGGGAAAAUGUACUUACAAAAAUUGAAUGAUCCCCAACCAAACAACAAUAAAUUUGGUGCCAAUAAUUAAAUACACUAACCAAAAAAGAUUUAAUUUAAAAAUCAAAAUAAAUCAAAUAAAGUUUCUUUUCCCCACCCAUCCUUUCGUGCAGCCUCUCCUCUCCUUUUCAAAAGCCUUAAAAAUCUUCCUUCCCUCUCUCACCAUUAAUUCCCUAAAAUUUCCUAUAAUUUUGAAUCCAACCCCAAAAGAAAAGAGAAAUUUACAUUCUUUUCUUGUCUAAUAUUUUCUCAGCAACCAAACAAGAAAAAAAUAAUGGUAAGGAAAAUGAAAUUCCCAUUUCUAAACAAGAACACUUCAUCUUCAUCAUUUUCUUCAAAUUCAUCAUCUUCUUCCUCUUCAUGGCCAUGGCCUUCUUGUCAUCAACAAAACCUUAAAACAACAAUAUCUUCCAAAGCUUCCUUCGUCGUUAACAAACCUAAACAUGUCUACGAAUCCGAGCCACCACCAAGAAGCUUCUCCUCAUCACCCUCUUCCUCCUACUCCUCCUUCUCCUCUACCAGCCAUGCCAUGGAAAAUCCUCCGGAGAUAGAGUCUAUAGAGAAUGUGAUCAAAGGGAUAAAAUCAUCGAAAAGACUCAUAUUCGAACAGAGUGGAACAUCGAACUCUAUACUCGAAGACGCCACCAAGAGAGAAGAUCACGAAGAAGAAGAAGACUUCAUGCUCUUGUCCUUGGAAUCAAACGAUCCUUACUCUGAUUUCAAGAACUCAAUGGAAAAGAUGGUUGAAGCACACGUGCUUCAUCAUGACUGGAUAAGCCUAGAGAAACUUCUCUUUUGGUUCUUGAAAGUCAACGUCAAGACCAGCCAUAGAUACAUCUUCGCCGCCUUCGUCGAUUUGGUCUUAAACUUAGCAGUAGGACCUUCUAAAGAUGUCGUCGGAGAGCCUAAUUCUGACGUCGUAGUCGAGGAUUCUCUUUCAUCGUCGUGGCCGGUCUCCUUGUACUCAUCCUCCGAUGAGACCUCGUCGACGUCCGUACGACUCUUGCCGGAGACUUCGAUAGGCGAGAAGAGUAGAGACGUUUGUUGUUUAUCGUCAUUGUUUGAGUUAGAAGAGAAGAUUAAAGACAACAUUGAUUCAAAUGGUUAUGUAUCUUCUUAAUUCCUUCAUUUGAUAAUAUUAAUAUAUAUGGAUACUCACUUCUUCUUUUACUCGGAUUCAAAAUUACGGAGGUAACAUCGAUUACACGUGUACAUCUUUUGUAUCACGAUGCAGAAGCUCUUUUUCUUUUAGUGCAAACUUUUUAACCC